AUGCAAGCGAUUCAGCAUGAGGGGCUUUCAGGCCUGGUCGAACAGCCAGGUCUGGCAGACUCUGCUGCAAUUCGAGAUCCGUCGCUCAAAGGCCCUGCGCCCAAGAACAUCGCCUUCGAGUUGCUCCUCGAUGAGAACUCCAAGGUCCGAGCCCGUAUCCCGAUGCGCGUGCAGAUAUAUCCCCAUGAUACUACAGACUCAAUUGUCACUACGGUCAAAAAUUUCUAUGGUAUCUACGACGGAACCCCAAGUGGGGUCAGCUUUGAGGAUGAGCAUGGGACUACCCUGAUCGCAAGGUAUGAGAACCUCAAGAAUAACAAGACUGUAUAUGUGCGAGUCAUUCCCAUUCAACCAUAUGGGGAUCACUUCUAUAAUGGCUUCUCUGCCGAGCCUCGCAAGCGGCCAAGUCUGGCCGAACCGUUCCAGAUGAUCGAUGGUGUGGCGCCUAUGCUGGAUCAGCCAUCGCGACCAGCAUCACGCCUCGCGAGGAAGCGCAGCACUUCUCCGUCAAACCGGAGUCUGCGCAGUGCUUCUCAACACAAGCCUUCCUCCCGCGCCGGCAACAAAAGUCGCGCUUCCAGUACCCAUGGAGCUUUCCAUGAUGAUGAAGACUACAGCGAUACCGAAAGCGCUUAUGCCCGUCGGGCUCGCAAUGAGAUUUUCGCUAGCUCAGACAUCAGCAUGGAGAACAUACUCCAAGAUGGUCGUCGCAAGCGGCCCAAGUUCGAUAGCUCUGAACUUCCGCUUUUCGUUCCUCCUCAAGUGCCCCUCACUACCUCCACAUCCUCAAUCUCCCCUCAACGUCGAUCAAUUGGACAGGAAGGCGCUGGGUCGCCUUUCGCUCGCCCAACACAACGUCCUUAUAGCUAUCAGCAUGCGCUUCCAUCACCGCAGAGCUACGGCCAUAGUGAAUACGGCGCCCAAUCGGGGCGCAAUUCGAUGUACGCAGCCCCCGCUGCUCCAGAGCAUGGGCAUCGCAUGCGCGACUCUUCCGGGGCAUAUGGCAACUCGGCCAACCGGGUCAAUGGCUCUGGUGUAUUGCCCACCCCAGACCCCACCAUCGCAAGCUGCAUCUCUGAUGAAGAUGUGGCGAUGCAAUUGAUACGCUUAGGUGAUGCGUCCAAUUUCUCCCAUGGCCGUACUUCCGCCUCGACACUAGACGACGCAUUCAGCGGUGCUGCCGAUGCCAACUCAUCAGCUGGUGCGACCAGUGACGGUGAUGACUUCAGCGAAGAUGAGGAUGAUCUGCCCGCUCGUCGUCAAAGACUAGACUCGAGUCCAAUGCUCCCACCGGGGACCAUUAAGCGCCACCUCAAAGGCCUUGAUGACAUCCUGCCCAGCGCCGACAGUAGUGAUCAUAGCUCAGAUGGCGGGGACGAUGGUAUCAAGAGUGAGGCCGAGGAGGACGUCCUGUACAGGGAAUUUGCGCCCAAGGCAAAGAAGCCUAAGAGCCGUCCCAUGUCAUUCAAGGUCCGCAAUCAAAAGUCAGCCCCAGUGAAACUGAACAAAAGCAAGGCACCUGCGCCAGUCUCUCGCAAGCCAUCGGACAAAUCCUCCGUGCCAAUUCAACCUCUCAGCCCUGCCUCGUCUCGGAAGGUCUCGGGUGGCUCUGUCAACUUCCAGCACCAGCUGGGUGCCGAUGAAGAAGACUUAUCGACCAAGCCUCGAUGUCAGCGAUGCCGCAAGAGCAAAAAGGGCUGUGAUCGCCAGCGUCCCUGUGGACGUUGCAAGGAUGCCGGCAUCGGUAUCGAAGGCUGUGUCAGCGAAGACGAGGGUAACGGUCGCAAAGGUCGCUACGGGCGUCAUAUGGGGGUUCCAGUCAAAAAGGACGGUGAGGAUAUGGAUGAAACUGAGGAAUUCCCACUCAUGCCUGCGACCCCUCCUAUUUCCUCGUCGACGGCAGACAAGAAUAAGAAGCGGAAGCGCUAG